UCCAUUUCCUUCGACUUCAAAAGCUUCCAACCAAACAUGGACGGCAUGGUUUUCCAGGGAGAUGCAUACCCGGCAAAUGGCGCCAUCCAGGUGACGAGGAAUCAGCGCGACGGCAACCUUACAAGAAGCGUCGGCCGCGCCUCGUACGCGCUGCCCGUACGCAUUUGGGACCGAAAAUCACGGGAGCUGUCGGAUUUCACUACCCAUUUCUCCUUCACCAUCAACGCGCUUAAUUCGUCAUCGUAUGGCGACGGGCUGGCCUUCUUCCUUGCACCCUUCCACGCCGGAAUCCCUCCGGAUUCCUCUGCGGGAUACCUUGGUCUGUUUAGGAACACAACCCAAAGUCCUGAUCCGAAUCCAGCCAAGAACCAAAUUGUGGCGGUUGAGUUCGAUACGUUUAAGGAUGUCUGGGAUCCUAGCUCCGACCACGUUGGCAUAAAUAUCAAUUCUAUAGAGUCUGUAAAACAUGUUAAUUGGAGAAACAGUAUCAAGACCGGGGCAGUGGCCAAUGCCUGGGUGACAUAUAACUCUGUCACAAAAAAUCUCAGUGUUUUCCUCACUUAUGCUAACAGUCCUAGUUUCUCAUCAGGGAAUUCCACGGUGUCUUACGUCGUUGAUCUGAGAAAAGUGUUGCCGGAAAUGGUCCAGAUUGGUUUCUCAGCCGCCACGGGAGAAUGGAUCGAACUCCACACCAUCUUAUCAUGGAGUUUUACCUCUUCCCUGGAUACCAAGAAACCCAAGAAACUUCUGCCCAUCAUCCUAUCUGUUGGCAUAGUUCUCUUCGUCUCUAUCUUAGGGUUCCUUUUGUUCAUCAGGUGGAGAAAACUGAAAGCUGCAAGAAGAAAGAACUUAGUGUUUGGGGACGCAUCCAUAGAAGAGGACUUUCAGAAAGGGGCGGGGCCGAAGCGGUUCACUUUCUGGGAACUCAGCCGCGCAACAAACCAUUUCUCCGAGGAAGGGAAGCUCGGAGAGGGCGGAUUCGGGGGAGUUUACAAGGGAGUUUUAAGCGAAAAGAGAAUAGAAGUGGCCGUGAAGCGAGUCUCCAGAGGAUCAAAGCAGGGGAAGAAAGAAUACGUAUCAGAAGUUCGAGUUAUCAGCCGGCUGAGACACCGGAAUCUGGUUCAACUCCUGGGUUGGUGCCAUGAAAAGGGAGAGUUUCUUCUUGUGUACGAGUACAUGGCUAAUGGCAGCCUCGAUUCUCAUCUGUUUGGGAAGAAACCCGGGCUAAAAUGGGGGGUUAGGUAUAAAAUCGCCCAGGGUUUGGGAUCAGCUUUGCUAUAUUUGCAGGAGGAAUGGGAACAGUGCGUGGUGCAUAGAGACAUUAAGUCCAGUAAUGUAAUGUUGGACUCAAAUUACAACGUGAAAUUGGGGGAUUUCGGGUUAGCCAGGCUUGUAGAUCAUGAACUGGGAUCCCAGACAACCGUCCUGGCCGGAACCAUGGGGUACCUAGCGCCGGAAUGCGUGACAACCGGGAAAGCGAGUAAAGAAUCCGACGUGUAUAGCUUCGGGGUGGUGGCGCUUGAGAUCGCGUGCGGGAGGAGGCCGGUGGAGCCGAAGGCGGAGCCGCCGGGGAAGGUGAGGCUGGUGGAGUGGGUGUGGGACCUGUACGGGGAAGGGAGGGUUCUGGAAGCUGCGGAUGAAGGGUUAAAUAAGGAGUUUGAUGAGAAAGAAAUGGAGUGUUUAAUGGUGGUUGGGCUAUGGUGUUGCCACCCUGAUCACACGCUCCGGCCGUCGAUAAAGCAGGUCAUCAAUGCUCUGUGUUUUGAAGCUCCGUUGCCGGAACUCCCGGCGAAGCUGCCCGUGGCUAUGUAUUUUGCGCCGCCGAUGAGUAUGUGCCGGUUUUCGUAUACGUCGUCGGCCGAUGAUCAGACGGAUUAUUCAUGGAGGUAUACCACUCGUUGUUCGUGUAGCAAUGGCUGUAAUGCAUCGGCAAUUCUUGCUUCUUCCAAAGCUCUCUUGACAUCGCGGGAUGCCGGCGCUGUGCAUACGCACAAAACUAUGAUGUUGUAAUUU